AUGAGUGACGAGGACGAGCUUUCUCAGCUGAGAUCGAACGCCGACAAUCUGUCGCGAUGUCUGCACGUUCUUCUUGAGAAAAUUGAGAAUAUCGAGAAGAAGAACGAGAAAGAAGUCGAUGCGGACAGUAAUAAGGUUGCUCUCUCUCUCUUUCUUUCGUAUUUGAUUAAUAAAUUGCAGAGCAGCGGAACGUCUUCUUCGAACAAGGACGGAAAGGAAAAGUUCGAGCAGGUCGAGAUCGAGGAGAAAACGGAAGUGGACCCGAAGACGGGACUCAAGAAACGGACGAUCGUGACGGAGAGAGUGCUCACGACGAAGACGUUCCACGCGUUGGCCCUGGACGGUCCCUCGCCGACAAUGACUCCGAUCCUCCGAUCCUCCAAGAAUCACAACUAUGCUCCGAUCCAUCAAUCGGCCAUUCUGCUACCGCAAUACCAAUCGAGACUGACCACAAUUGACGCCGGACAAUUAGCGCAGGUGGAAGUGGAGAAGCACGGUGGACAUCUGGUCGUGACGAAGAUCAACGAAAAGGCGAAUUAUGAUUUGAAGCCGGGUGACGUCAUCACUCGUGUCGACGGAAAAGACGUCUUCUUCAGAGCGGACAUCGAGAAUCUGAAGGGAAACGUCGAAUUGACUCUCGAGCCGGCUGCCAUUCAUUGUGCUCCGCCCGUCAGUUUGCGUAGCUUCCGAGCUUCAAAACUUGUAUUUUUUCAGAAUUUCUUCAGAAUUCAAGACAGCUACAGUUCGCGUAACGACUUAAAUCGGCCGUGUCUUUGGCUGGAUCUGGAGGUGUCCAAAGGAGACGUUGUGCAGGUUCUUAGUAGGGACGAGAAGUGGAUGCAGGCCCGGAAACUCGGAGAUCUGACUCAAGUCGGAUACCUUCCUGCCUCUCUGACAAUGGAAAAAGUCUCGAUGUUGUGUCCGUUCGGCCGAAGAACUCUCGUGCUCCUCGGAGCAGUCGGAACGGGAAGAAGGGACAUAAAAUCGAUGCUCCUCCGAUUGGCUCCACACUACUUCUCAACAAUCGUUCCACGUGAGUAGGAGCAUAGCAAUUAAGAUCAUGACCGAUUGUUACAGUCACCUCGAGAGCACAGCGGCCCGGCGAAGUCGAGGGGCGAGAAUAUCAGUUCGUACGCAAAGAGGAUGUUUAUCAAAUCAUUCGAGAGGGCGGAAUGGUCGAAUGGGGAGAGCUGGACAAUCAGUUGUACGGAACGACGGCCGAUUCGGUGAGGACGGAGAUUAGGAGCGGACGGAUGUGCGUGUUGGAUUCAGCUCCACAGGUAGAACAUUUGAAGAGGAAAAACGGAGAAAAUAAUGGUUUCAGGCUGUCAAUUACCUGUACAAUGCCGAGUUCAUGCCGUUCGUAGUUCACAUUGUGCCUCCUCCGCUCGAAGAAUUUCUCCAAUUGGAAGCAGUUCGGAGGACUCACAGGUUUGACUCAAUAAGAAAGAAAAAGAUAAAGUCCCCCAACAUUUGAUUUCAGAACAGAAGCGCAGCUGCAAUCAAUUUCUGAUGAGAGUGCGAAGAUCGGAAUGGAAUGCAAAUCGAAGAUCCAUCUGACUCUCGUCAACCGAAAUAUCGACGUCACUUUCAAAAGGUCCUCCCUCCUCCGAAUUCUGUUCAUUCCAAUCCAUUUCAGGCUCGUGGAUGCAUUGGAAACUCUUCGCUACGAGACACAAUGGGUGCCGCACAGUUGGAUGUGCUAG